GCGAUGAAACGGGUUACUUUGUGUGUAAAGAAAAAAAACAAAAAAGAGAGAGAAAGAAAGCAAAAGUUAGCCAGUCCUUCAUUCGCGGAGCAGAGUCGGACGGGACGUCCCUACGUCGUCGACAGCUCGGAAUUUCAUAUCCGCAGAAGCAUAUGACGGGAGUCUCUCAGAGUGUUGUUGUAUUUGUUCACCGCGCGACCAGCGCACUGCUUUGAAACGGUCGCGAGCCGGGGAUGGCUUUUCGCCUUUUGAGCUUGUCCGACUUGGAGGAGAGCUCUUUGAUAAUGAAUCACUGGGAUCGGCUGAACACCGCGGACACCUGUGCGUGCGCGACCACGGCAGAGCUCAGCAAAGCCGUGUCAGUGUCAUUGGGUUUGGAUUCGGUGUAUUCUCCGCUCAACAACAUGCACCCGUGCUCCGGCGGCGCCUUUGCAGACUUCGACCCGGUCGCGGAGAACAGUUCCCGGAGGAGGGCGCCGGAGUUAGGACCCCGAAUUAUGGACCCGGAGGGCAGCCGGCUCCUGCUGAGCGGCGCCGACCCGAGGGACGACGAGGACUUUGGAGAAGUGUGCCACGGCGUUACGCAGGUGAGCUGCAUGGAUCUGCUCCGGUCGGGCGACGCGGGCAGCGCGCAAAGCGAGGCGCGCGUCUCGGCGAUAUCCAGAUAUGUCUGCAAGGAAUCCAACUUGUUCAUGAGCCCGACGGAGCUGCCCGGACCCUCUCAAGUGGACAGACCAUACUCCGUGUACUCCGCCGGUCCAAACCUAUACAGGGACACGCCGGGUGUGUGGCGCGCGUACAGCAGCCGAUCCGAGCUGGAGAGAGGCGGAUCCGGCGGACAUGAUGUCUUGUGUAAAUACUGUAAUUGCGAGCAAGCCUCUCUCGGAUCCAGACAGGAAUGUCACUGUAUCUGGUUCAACAAGGGUGAGCAGGGUGGCAGAGGUGGCGUGCGAGCGGCGAUGACCCAAGGGUACGGCCAAGUGGAAAGUUACGAGAGUGCGAUUCCCCAAGAGCAGCUCACUUCGUCCGCCAUCAAGACCGAACCUUCAGUUUGGAUGGAUUGCUCGGAUCGCAGUUUCAGGCAUGACAAUCUGUUUCCAGGUGUGUACCUGUCGGACAGGAGAGUGUGCCAGGUGUGCGGCGAUGAUGCCUCCGGCUGUCACUAUGGAGCCGUCACCUGUGGGAGCUGCAAAGUAUUCUUCAAGAGGGCCGCCGCAGGUAAGCAAAACCACCUGUGUGCCAGCCGGAAUGACUGCACCAUCGACAAGCUGAGGAGGAAAAACUGCGCCUCGUGCCGCUUGAAGAGAUGCUUCAUGUCGGGAAUGAGCCUUAAAGGUCGCAGGCUGAAGGGAACUGGGCAGGCGAGGAGCGGAGAUGAGGAGCUAGGGCCCGGUGAAAGGGCCGGCAGGAGAGACCUAAUGUUGGAGCCAGGAUGUGCAGCUGUCAGGGCUCAAAGUGAGGAUCGGUGUGCCAUACAGGCAUCCCAGGCCCUGGCUCUAGGCAUCCCCCCGACCCCGCGCUCAUGCUUCUCCCUGCUCAGCGUCCUGCAGGCCAUCGAGCCGGCCGUGGUCAACGCGGGACACGACCACGCGCAGCCAGACAGCCCCGUGUCUUUGCUCACCAGCCUCAAUGAGCUGGGGGAGAGACAGCUGGUAACCGUGGUGCGUUGGGCCAAGGCGAUACCAGGUUUCCGUGACAUGCACGUAGACGACCAGAUGUCAGUGAUUCAGUUGUCAUGGAUGGGGGUGAUGGUGUUCGCUUUGGGCUGGAGGUCCUACACUCUCACCAACAGCUCCCUGCUCUACUUCGCUCCAGACCUGGUUUUCAAUGACCAACGGAUGGAAGUGUCCAGUAUGUAUGAACACUGUGUGAGGAUGAAGCUGCUCUCCCAAAGGUUCUGCAUGCUGAAGGUCACUCAGGAGGAGUUCCUCUGCAUGAAGGCGCUGGUCCUCUUCAGCAUCAUGCCAGUGGAGGGCCUGAAGAACCAGCGCCAUUUUGAUGAGCUGCGGACCUCCUACAUCAACGAGCUGGACCGCUUGGCCAGCCACUGUGGAGAGACCACCCGCACACAGCGACUGUUUCAGCUCACGCAGCUGCUGGACUCCCUCCAGUCGAUCGUGAGGAAGUUGCACCAGUUCACCUACGACCUGUUCCUCCGAGCUCAGACCCUCCAGACGCGCGUCAACUUCCCGGAGAUGAUCUCCGAGAUUGUCAGCGUCCAUGUGCCCAAGAUCCUGUCGGGCAUGGUCAAGCCCAUCCUUUUCCACAACACCGCCUAAAAAGGAGAGCCUCUGUGUUUGUCCUAAUGUGUCGCUCGAGCGCCGGCAUCUUUGGUGAGCUAGAGAGGUGUUUGAGAUUUUCGGGGGGGGGGGAGUGAAACGGAUGAAAAGGGCAUAAAGCACAUUCUUCCAAUCUAAUUGCAUCCACUUUGUUCUUCUAACUGCCUGCUAUCUGUAUCACACACACACACACACACACACACACACACACAGCACGUUUUUCUGGAGCCGAUUUUAAAAAAACACAGCAUGCAUUCCUACACACAGGCUCAUGAACCGCCUGGCAUGUAGUCGUCUUCAUAUUUAACUCACAACGGGCUAGACUUUAUUUCAGGAGGCGGAGCCGGUAGUGAGAGAGUUCGCAUAGUUCACAUCGCCGUAGCUUGUGUGAGUGUGCGCAGUGGUAUGACAUUUGCACUAGCUUCUUAACAAUGAAUGUUAUUGUGUGUGUGCACCUGAGAUGAGCGCAGUUGAUUGACAGCUAAUAAACGGUUGCGGCGUGCAUGCUAAGACACCAAGCUGUCUCGCCUGAACAAGAAGACAUCACUCUCAUUCUAAUCGAUAGGAAUAAUAGCCGACUAAUCGUUUUAGGGGUCCACAAAAACAAAACACGCUUUUAAACUGCAAGUGACUGCAUCAAUGCCAAUUCCAAAAUGUAUAUUAUUUAUGAAUGAAUCAAAGAGGUCACUCUGAAGAAAAUGAUUGUCCGAAAUACUUGAGUAUGACUCAUUAGUCCACUAACUAUUGGCAAAUUCUUUUUGCUUGUUUUUGAAUGCUAAAUAUUAGUCAAGUGCAAUUUGUUUUCCAGAAGGAACAUUUCAUACUGUUGUGACUUUUCUACAGUUUCUUAAAAAGUGUCCUUCGCAAGUGCUUUGUUGUGUAGUGUGUCAUCACGCACUCAUUGUAGCUUCUGGCAUUUUUCUCAAAAAAAAAAAAAAAAAAAAAAAAAAAAAAAAAAAGGUCCAGCCAAGAAUCAGCUCACUGUGUGACAGCUCAUCAUGUAAUAAAAAAAAAGUGAAGCAUGCGUGUGUAUCUUGUUUGUUUGAAACAAUAAUGGAGGGGGCAGAGUUGACGGGGAAUGCACGCGGUCGUAUUGCAGCAUGCUUAGGGUGGUACAAAUGUUUCUCCGCCUGCCAAGAUUUAUUUCAGUCGGCUACGCAGCCGAGUGGACAGACGGGCCCUUUUUAGAAAAGUCUUUUCCACCCUCAGGAUUAUCCCAGUUGUCCACCCAGCCAGGUAAUAGAUCACAGCGGGAAUCCGGAGAGCACAGUCAAACGAGGAGGCCCCGGCUGAUUUAUUUCCUCCCAUGGAUCCUGCAGGAAUCGGCCAAUGUCUGCAGCCCUGACACCAGAAACACGCCGCCUGUGUUUUACUGCCAUCUAGUGGCCGCUGUCGGAUCUGCAUCAGCAGUAGAGAUGCACAACAUCUCUUGGAUCCAUUGACAUUUUGCAUCGUAAUGUUAUUGAACACGGAUCCACGCGAUGUUGGAACGGGGUUACCGUUAAAUGGUCAGAGUCACGAGAGGGGAGGUCGUAGCAUG